UUUUUAUCAAAGAUAUCACUGUGAAUAUAACGCCGGUCAAUUUGGCAAUUUAAUUUAUUGAUAUCGUGAAUAUACUCUGUAUUCUGCAAAAUGGCUUACUUGGGCAAGGAAUACAAAUUCGUAAAGGAAGAUAACUUUGACGGCUUCCUCAAAGCAAUCGGCGUUAAAGACGAAGACAUAGCCAAGUUGGCUCACUAUAAGCCAGCAACAAAGCUGACCAAGGAUGGUGACUAUUACGUAUUCACCUUCACGGAUCCUCUCAAGACCAAGGAGGUGAAGUUCAAGUCUGGCGUGGAACAGGAUGAAGAAAUCAGGGAUGGGUCUAAGGUUAAGACUACAUAUACCGUGGACGGGAACGUAAUAACACAGGUGCUCAAGCGCGACGAUAAGUCGGCCACUUUUAAGAGGGAGUUUGAUGGUGACAACCUUACAGUGACAAUUACCGCCAGCCAAUGGGAUGGCGUCGCUCACAGAUACUACAAAGCCUAACCAACUCAGAAGAAAAUUGUUAUAUUUAUAUUAUUGUUAAAUAAAUUUCGUUUGUACAGUAA